GUCAGUAGUUGACGCUAUGGGGAAACUCCUAUUUCUCUGAUACUGAACCCUAUUGGUUAAUGUCUGUAAAAAUCACAGAACAAAUGGAGCCCGUCAAUUCGGGCGGGGCACUGCAGCUCAUACCAAGCCCCUCUGCCCUUCUAAGAUAUCCACUCUGAGCGCAUCAUCAGCCUGGGACGGGCCCACACCGAGACCGCUCGCAUAAAUUGCUCAAACGUCACUGUAAUUUUCACAGACAUUAACCACUAGGCUUCAGUAUCGUAGAAACAUGAGUGUUCUUAUAGUGGCAGCUUCUGACCCAAUUCUUGUUCCCGUUAUCGCAGGAAACGAGGGUUACACGAGUAACCUUAUCAUUCUGUCUAGAGAUUUCCUGUUUUUCUAUAUCUGACCGAAACCUCUCACACCUUGGGUGAUAAUGUCCAUAAAUGGUGUUUGAGUUAAUUGAACAAUGUCUUCCUCCUGCAGAAGCUUUUCUGUUUUGGAUAAUCUUCUUGCAAGAAUUAAAGAUCAAAAGACAAGUUUCUGUGUUGAUUUUAUUUCAGCCUCACUAUUGGCCAGCACCUGGCAUUUAUCUUUAAAAAAAGGCGGCAUGUGACAGGAUAUCAUUCUGAUUGGCACAACUGAAUCUGUUUUAAGAGCAGGCCAGCAUGAAGAAUGCGAGUUAAGAAGCUCAGACUGUCACUGGAUCAUCAAGAUGAAAAUCAUUUCUGUUGUUUUUCUACUUUUAUUAGAUCUAUCAAACUGCUUUGCGCAGUCAGAAGGAAAGUUUCUGAUAUAUAGUGUGCAUUAUAACCAAUGCAUAACAAACAACCUGGAGCAACUUUCUGUCUGUGACCCACGCGCUGACUCACAACAGUUUCGCUGGAUUUCAAAGGAUCGCAUUUUGAAUAUUUACAGAAAGAAAUGCCUUGGAGUUGGUAGUAAAUCUGUGGGUAAAAAGCUGCAGUGGUUGAUGUGUGAAGAUGACAAUGUUUUGCAGAUGUGGGAAUGCCAAAGCGAUUUAUUGGUUCGACUAAAGAAUGAAUCUCUGUAUCUUUCUGUAAAUGAUAAUGGUGUGUCACUCAUCUCUGAAGACACUGAAACAAAAAGUCAAUGGACAAUUCAGGGUACACAGAACAACAUUUGCUCUCGGCCUUAUGAAGAAUUAUACACAAUUGAUGGCAAUGCAGCUGGGCGUCCAUGCCACUUUCCUUUCCGAUAUAAGGAUAUAUGGUAUGGAGAUUGUACCAAUAUUGAUUCCAAUAGUCUAUGGUGUGCAGUUGAGUCUGACUACGAUGUUAAACCGUUGUGGGGCUACUGCCCAACAAAUGACAGUAACAGUGACAUGUGGAUGAAAAAUCCUCUAACAAAUGUCUAUUACAGAGUGAAUGAUAAGUCGGCUCUGACAUGGCAUCAAGCAAACAAGAGCUGCCAGCAGCAGGGUGCAGAGCUUCUGAGUGUUUCUGAGCUUUAUGAAUACAUCUUUGUAUUAGGAAUGAUGUGGGAGAGACAAGGUAUUCUGUGGGCAGGACUGAUAAAAUCAGAUGGAUUCAGUAAAUCGCAGAGGAGAAAUGGAAACCCAGGAACAAAACCAGAUGACAUUUGUAGUGCCAUAUCAUCUUCAGCUUUAGAAAUAAUAAAUGAACCUUGUUCAGAAAAGCAUGGAUACAUCUGCCAAAGAGGCCGCUCUGUCCCCACUGAUCCACCUGGUAAACUUUACAUUUUUGGGGGGUUGGUUUUGGUUGCUACAUGUGUUGUUUGUAUCUCCUUGUUGAUAAAUGAAUCCAAAUUCAAAGAAAUGUAAUAAUGUACAGUAAUGCCACUUUAUAAAUGAUAUAUACACUUAUUCUUAUUAAAACUACAAUAGUUCUUCAAUGAAGACCAUUUUUAUUUUUUUUUUGUUUCAUUAACAUAAGGGACAGAAAACAAGUUUUUUGAGAUAAUGGAAAUAAACAUUGCAAGUUAAUUGUAAUACAUUGCAAAUUACAUUGUAAUACCCAAGUUGAUCGGAAACACCCACACUUCGCAUUGUGUCAGUAGCUGAUGCUAUGGGAAUGCAUCCCAGCAUGUUGUGCUAUGACGGACUUUAAUGCAUGUAAACUAUAGACCAGGCACUCACAGAGAAACUUGACAACGGUAACAAUGACCAUA